GUUUCAGGAAACGUUUCCUGCCGGCGUUAUUUCGCUGCUGCACACUGUUGGACAGUGCUGCUGGGAGGAAACAACGAAUCUCGCCGCAUUUCAGUGAUGGCGAAGCUCCAGGGCUUUGAGUUCUGGAGGAAGACCCUGAAAGAGGCUCGCUAUGUGGUGGCCCCGAUGGUGGACCAGAGCGAGCUGGCGUGGCGCCUGCUGAGCCGUCGUCACGGCGCUCAUCUCUGCUACACGCCCAUGCUGCACGCUCAGGUGUUUGUCCGCGACGCCAACUACAGGAGAGAGAACCUGUACAACGAGGUGUGUGAGGAGGACAGACCUCUCAUCACACAGUUUUGUGCCAAUGAUCCGGAGGUGUUCCUGCAGGCCGCUCUGCUGGCUCAGGAUUACUGCGACGCCAUCGACCUCAACCUGGGCUGUCCACAGAUGAUCGCCAAGAGAGGUCAUUAUGGAGUUUUUCUUCAAGACGAAUGGGAGCUGUUGGAGAAAAUGAUCAGGUUAGCCAAUGAGAAGCUCUCUGUGCCGAUCACGUGUAAGAUCCGCGUGUUCAAGGAGACGGAGAAGACGGUCCGUUACGCCCAGAUGCUGGAGAAGGCUGGAUGUCAGCUGCUGACGGUGCACGGCCGGACCAAAGACCAGAAAGGAGCCAUGACGGGGAUCGCCAGCUGGGAGCACAUCAAGGCCGUGAGGAAGGCGGUUAAUAUUCCCGUGUUUGCAAAUGGAAACAUCCAACACCUGAGUGAUGUGGAGCGCUGCAUUCAGGAGAGCGGCGUGCAGGGAGUCAUGAGUGCAGAGGGUAACCUACACAACCCCGCCCUGUUUGAAGGCCGCAGCCCCCCCGUGUGGGAGAUGGCCGAGGAGUAUCUGGAGGUGGUGAAGCAGCAUCCGCCCUGCACGCUGUCCUACGUACGAGCCCACCUCUUCAAGCUCUGGCACCACACGCUACAGAUCCAUCAGGACCUGAGGGAGGAGUUGGCCAAGGUGAAGAACCUCGAGGGUUUGGCCAACGUCAGCAAACAGCUGAGGCUGCGAUGUCAGGAGGAGAUCGCUAAAGGAAAGGACUCAGAAGAGAAGGAGAGCAGUCUGCCGUUUCCUCACUGGAUCUGUCAGCCGUACAUCAGACCACCGCCAAAGGAUCCGGUUGCCAACGGUAACGGGCAGGGUUCAGAGGUGAAGAGGGCGGUGUGUCAGAAGAGGGCACUGGAGGACUCGGACGGAGCUGCGGACACGCUCUCCAAAAACAAGCAGAAGAAGAGAUCCAGAAACCCGCACAAGAACUUCUGUCCCGAACACAAACCAAAGUACGUCAAAUGUGAUCAGUGCGGGAACCCGAAGGGGAAUAAGUGCGUUUUUAAUCUGUGUCGAGGCUGCUGUAAGAAGAAGGCGUUCAAGGAGGUGGCCGACUGUCCCAGCCACGGGCUGAGGUUCAAGACCAAGGCGGAGAAACAGAAAGCUGAGGAGGAGAAGAGGAAAGAGGAGGAGACAGAGCGGAUCAGAAACUCUCCUCAGACGCUCUCUGAUCCGAGUACAAAUCUGCAGGAGGGGAGCAACGCAGAGCUGCAACGAUGAAACGUUUCUCUAAAGAUCACACCCAAGAGACUAUUUAAUGCCAAAAAAAAAAAGAAAAGCAGGUUCUGUCUACAUUUUGGACACCUCUCUUUAGAUUCAGCAGAUUCCCUCUGCUGCUGCUGGGUUUAAAUCCAUGUGAUUCUUCUGUAGUCCGAGCCCCUGCUUUCCUCUUUCUCUGAUUGGUUGAUCACUGUUCAAGUAUUUUGCGGCGAGACGAUUCGACGCAGAGAACGUUUUUACCUGUUUGGCUUUAAAUCCUGGUCGGUGCUGCAGGACUUGUGUUGACCUGGUUUACUUCAUUCUGCUGAAAAAGCAGACGUUAUGAAACUGCGUUCUAAGGUCGCUGACUCUUCAGGUGACGGGUGUGAUUUUACAUUUAGGCUCAGCCGAUGAUCAGUCGGGACAAACAGUAAACAGCGCUGCUUAAAAACA